UGUAUAUAAAUACCCUUUCCAUUCCCCUUCCUAGUGCACAAUAUUCAAGUUUUCAACUCAAAGUCCUUCGAAAGUUCUAGACCUUUCCAAGCAAAAAUGAAGGCAGAUGCAGUUGAGCUUGGUGAGGGGAAGAGUUCUGCCAAAAGGGGUGCCUUGAACAGAGGAGUGUCAAUCCUUGACUUCAUUCUAAGAGUAGUUGCGAUUAUGGGUACCCUAGGGAGUGCCAUAGCCAUGGGAACAACUAACCAAACACUUCCUUUUGUCACACAGUUCGUUCGGUUCAGGGCUGAGUAUAGUGAUCUACCAAUGUUUACGUUUUUUGUGGUUGCGAAUUCCAUUGUAUCCGCCUAUCUGGUUCUUUCUCUCUCUCUUUCUAUCUUCCACAUUCUGAGGAGCAGUGCGGAAACAAGUAGAAUUCUCUUGAUUUUCUUUGACACGGCAAUGCAAGGUCUUUUAACGGCGGGAGCCUCUGCGGCAGCAUCCAUCGUAUACUUGGCGCACAAGGGGAAUACAAAGGCAAAUUGGUUUGCCAUCUGCCAACAGUUUAACUCCUUCUGCGAGCGCAUUUCUGGCUCUUUGAUUGGAUCCUUUGUAGGCAUUGUUGUGUUUAUACUGCUGAUCCUGUUAUCAGCUGUGGCCCUUUCUCGACGUUGAUAGAUCGAUCAAAGAUCAUCAUCAUCAUACAUUUCAAUAACGCAAAUGUGUUCAAUUGCGUGCAUGUGUGUCUACAGUUUGUUUGUGUGCGUGCAAGAGUAUGUAUAAAUGAAUACAACUCUAUGUUAUCCUUUUCAUUUUUACGUUUCUUCUUUGCUAAAUGCAGUGAAUUCCAGUUUACAGUUUA